ACUUGACAGGCGCUACACUGAUCGCAUGCAAAAGAUCUCUGGAAAUUCGAUCAUCCUUGACGUAAAUGUUUUACUUCGAUAAAGAAGAAGUUGGUCAGCAGUGUGGUUUUGCUUAAAGAGAGGAACUUCAUAUUUCUUCUUAAAGAGCAGAGCUUCAUGAUUUACACUUAAUGCAGAAAAUUUUUACAAUUAAAAGAAAAAGUAAAGUGAACAAUAUUUUCUUUACUUUCUUAUAUAUGGAAGAACAGGACACAGAUGGUAAUAAAGCAUGGCGGGAAUGGUACAGAAAAAAACACAAACUUGAAACUGAAAAGAGACAGUUAGCAAAAGAACAAAGAGAAAAGGAGAGGAAAAGCAGGGAAGAGGACCAAAUAAAGAAAGAGAAACGGUGCAAAGAAACUUGGAUUAUAUGGUUACAAAAAAAGGAAGCAGCUAAAAAACAAGAGAAAAUUAAAAAGAAGCUGCAGAACUCUUUAUCAGUUGUGAGGCAUUCAAAGGAGCCUUUAGAACAACAAAAGAAAGUAGACAGUUGGAUGGAACAAAAGUUAGCAGCCACUAAGAGAAGUACCUUAUCGCAACACGAGAAAGCCGAACAAGAAAAGAGCCAGCAACAGGAAAUGAUUGUGCACAAGGAAAAAUGUGAAAAGGCCUUUGAAGAAUGGAAGAAGCAGAAAGCUAAUUUCAAGAGACCAGCAUCUUGCAUUACAACAAACAGAGAUAAUUAUGAGUACACAGGUUAUCAGCAUCCACAACCUUGGCAAGACUGAAUGAAUGACCUUCCCCAUCAGCUUUUGUAUGUUUAAAUGCAAUAAAGUAGCUGUACUUAAAAAUUUAUGUGUAAAUCAUAAAUUUUCGACAGAGCUAA